UUCACUCACCCACUACGCUCUAAAUCUUACCUUGUUUACGCUCAAAACAUUGGCUUCAUGUCAAGGUAAGACUUGGCAAUCAAUUAAUUGAUCAGAUUACACGUGAUGAAUUACUGUAGCCUGUUCAUUUGUGUUGUGUUCCUGUUUCUUGUCCAGUAACAGGUUUAACAGGCAGUUAUUAAUGAUGAAUAAAUAACACCAGUAAGAGCGUGUUCGAUUGACCUUUUUCCAGAAUAAGAAUAAAGCGAAAAACCUUUAAAAAUCACUUAUCUAGGUGCUUAUAGCCUGCGUAGCAGGCGUCGAAAGGGGUAGAGGUAGGGAAUAGGGAGGAAAGGAAAAACGGAGGGGGUAUGGGGCAGAGUUUUGCGCCUGUCACGCAGGCAAGGCGCUUAUUGUUUUGCAAUAGCUAGACAUCUGCUUGAAAUAAAUUUCUCGAUCUAUGUAGUGUUUAAGUUCCUCAAAAAUCUGGGUACUACAUAUUUGCAACAAAACUUUCGCUUAUUCUUAUUCCGGAAUACGAUCUAUCGAACGCACUAUAAGAUAUAGCACGGGUUGCACUAAUGACUUCACAAGUUUCUGGUCCCUGCUGUGCCUCAGACAUUGAACCUGACCAGCAUAAGAGUUUUGUAUGGGAAUGUCACGUUCGCUAACAAAUUUUCGUCGUGUUUGAAGGUUUCCAUAACAUAUAUCCUGAAAAUAAUCAACGCGUGCCAAGAUGACGUUAGACAUGUAAAAAGCUGAUGAGUGAUUAUGUUUCUUAUGCAAGCUUAUUUGGGGUCAUUUGGUCACUUUGCGGCAUUUUACUAAGAAAUGUGUGGAGAGCAGGGUUUCAAAGUUGUUCAUAAAACGGUGCAUUUGGUUAAAUGUAUAGGCAAAGGUUGCUUAAUUUUUUUUUUCGAGUGCUUAUGUUACGCUACUUGGUAUUUACAGAAUAUAAAGUACUGGGAUUCCUACUUAUCUACCUGGCCGCACAACAACACAAUUUCCGGUUUGUGCCAAUGUUGAUGUGCUUCUCAGCUUAGAAAUCCUGCCACAGGCUUGCGAGAAGCACAUACAAACUCGAUUUUCUCUUUAGUGAUUUUAGCUUUGGAGUAUUACGCAGCAAGAUAUGUUAUGUCAUUUUUUAUCAGUACAUAGUGUGCUAUCUGACUAAGAUUGAGCCAGGAAUCCGAUUUCAGUAGCCUUCUUUGAUCAAGCAGCUGUAUUUUCUGAUUUUAAACAUUUAGUUCAGUUACUCGGACCAGGUUUUGGUCCCUAUAGCAUUAGUACCUUUUAUAUACUAGAAUAAAGCGAAAAAAAAAAAACAUUUUAAAAACGCUCCGUGCGAGUUUUAUGAACAAUGUUCAUGUCCGAAAAGCAUGUUGCUCCUACAAAGCCAUGGAGUAGACAGGGGCACCCAACGGCAAUUUUCGGGAAAAUAUCUGUUCGGAAGACGAUUUGAGAUCUAGAAUUUUCGGAGCAUUUGUUGUAAAAUUUAUUGCUUGCCUACCUCUCCUAGGAUUUUCGAACAUCUACAAAAUGGUAUAAUUACCCAUUUUUAACGGAUUUUGACCCUAAAAAAGGCCACCUAGAAUUUUCGGGAGCCUUUUCCUGGCUGAAAUUUUCGAGAAGGUAAGUUUUUAUCCCUAUAAUCUUCGGAUCACUAGACUUUCAGCUAGGAAAUCCGAACAGAUGAAAAGUUUUUAGGGGAUAAAAAUAUGCCCAUAUCUACCGUUUGAAUACUAAAAUACGUUCAACAAUGCUAUGCUUUAGUGGUUUUGAACUAUAUCCUCGUUGGGUGCCCCUGAGUAGAAUGCAAAGUUUGUCUAAGUCACGCAGGGGGACUAGGGUGACAAAACCUAUUUUUAGUAAUAACACUAUUGAAAGAUAGGUCGAAGGCAGUCUGUAAUCUUUUAAAAUUAGCCAGGGCCAAACGUCCAGUAGGGCUAUCACCUAGUCAGUGCCUAGUUUUGCUGUCUUCUUCUCAAGACAACUAAAUCCCUGUGCUUUGUGGCAACAGUACCCAGAAAUGUUUGGAAAAUGUGGCUGAGAACACCGAAGCAAAUUAUCCAAAGCCAAAUGAGAGUUCCGUGUUAUAUGAUCCUGACCACCAAGCUGUUUACAAUUUUGAACCGGAUCCCGGAGGGAACAGCCCACGUCACACCAAAUAUUUCAACCGCAGCCGCAAAUUGUUUUUCUCCGCUCAGAAUUUUGCGGUAUCUGCAAUUCCCCAUGUUCCAAUCUACCCACUGUCCAUCGGCUCACCAAUAACAUAA